UUAAACAGUAAGUUUUAAAUUUAUAAAUUUAAUCAGACUGAUAGCUCCCUCGAUGACUUCGGUUCCAUGACGACGCAAGACGCUUUUCCUGACUAGCGUGGUAGGCAUGAACGCGUUUGCAUGGGUUCUUCUAUAGGUUUUAUAAAACUUUACAGUGAAAGCUAAACUGUAAAUCUAAAUCCAUCCAUAAAAUUGAGCUUUUUAAUUUUCGUCUCUGUAAUUACCAGAGUAAGAAUUAAAAGGCGAUCACUAUAUAUACAGUUCUUGUUCAGACACAUAUAUACGACUCGUUGCAGUAUUUGCAACAUUUCAACUAAAGUGACCGUAGUCUGUUCCCAAAGAUCAGUUAACACAACUUUCAACGUUACACAAGGUCGUGCCGACUGUACGUUUAUGUGAAAAGGGUACCUGAAUCAAAAAUGAAUUUGAAGGAACAGGAGACGUCACUGAAAGAAAAACUGUCACAGCACUACAAGAAUCGCAACUUUACCCCACAGCCAAAGGCCAUUGUAAGAGCAGGACUUUUCUGGCCAGGAUUCAUGAUAUGUUCCCUUUUCUUUGAGGCUGUAGCUGUCCUUCUUCCCGGGGUGUACAAGUUGCAUGGAACAGGAAAUCUAGAGGGCCAUGGAUGGUUUGGGGAAACCUACUGGCUGAUGCUUGGAGUGGUAUUGACAACGUUUGUGGAGUCACUGAUUAACUGGUGGAGAGUGUACAUGGAUGUGGCCAAUUACGUUCGAAAGGAGACAAAAAUGGCUCACUUUCCACAGUGUCUUGAAACACCUCCAGGUUGGAGGCACUGCCCUACCUGCCAAGUGGAUGCACCUCCACGCUCAUUUCAUUGUAAUAUGUGUGGUCGGUGUAUCCUCAAACGUGACCACCAUUGCUUCUUCACAGGUUCUUGUAUUGGCUAUUACAACCAGAGGCAUUUUGUCAUUUUCUGCAUUUAUGUGAUAUGGGGCAGCUUACUUGCUCUCUACUUGCAACUAUCUUACCUCAGCAAAUACAUGUUUCCUUUUUUUGAAAAUGUGUAUGCUUACAUCCUCCCAUUUACAGUCAUGAAGCUCUUUUCUGGUAAUUUAACUAUCCAAUCAUUUUUGUUGCUUUUACAUACUUAUGCUACUGGAUUUUGUCUUUUCCUGGGACUUUGGUUCCUACUGUGGCAAUUAAUCAUCAUCUUACGUGGCCAGACAUCCUAUGAGGCAUGGAAGAACAUUCGAGUUUAUCAUGGCGGCUUGUACAACAAUUUUACAUCUGUGUUUGGCUCACCACUACAGGCCUGGCUUUUAUUUUUUGUACCACUCAUGUUGCCUUUGCAAGGAGAUGCUUGUGCAUGGAAGAUUAGGCCUAAGUCUGAAAAAGGUCAUUGAAAUAAAUAGGGUUUAGUAAUAUGUGAGAAGUUUUUCUCAAGUACAGGACAGACAUUAUGGAGUAGACAAGUAAAUUAUAGCCAGGGACAAAACAUACUGUCUUAUGUAAUGAAUAGUUUAAAAUAGUUAACAAAAGCUUGAUGAAUGCAACACAAAGCAACUACCAAUUAUCAGACUCAAAAUGAUCUAUAUAUGGAAUAAAUGUUCUACAUAUAGAAAGAAUAAUAGACAGAUCUUUCUUUUCCCAUUAGUGCGGAAAAGUCCAUUACUAUCAUAUUUUAUUUAAGUAUACGACAUGGGUGAGCAUAAAUGUACACUAGUAGAAUAAGCUCCUAAAUUUUUCAGAUGUUAACCACUUUAGUUCGAAAGGCCUUUGUCAGACUUUCAGCAAAGCAGAAGAAUGCACAGAUGAGGUAUAUGCAAUAAUUUUUGUUGAAGCCAGUUAACAGAAACUACAUGUAACAUGCUGUCUUGUGAUGUUUUGUGUCAUCCUGCAUCUUGCUCUGUCUGUUUUUCUGGUCUGUUGUCGUGUUCACUUCAUCAGUGCCAGGAUUGUGCUGUUUUCAAGUAUGUUGCCCUAAAACAUUUCACUUAGCUGAAUUUGUAGUCACAAGAAAGGCUGGUGCUGAUGGGAAGAUACGUCACUGUUCGCCAAAUGUCUCUACUGACUUUAUCUCACCUGUCUUAACUGUCAGCGACCUCAUGCCUUUCACCAGCUACAUGCUGCCAUGGGUCCCUUGGUACUGUGGCUAUAACCAUGGCAACGAAAACAACUCUUUUGUUCUUUAAACAACAGCCCCAGAGGAUAUCCCAUGAGACCCUUUAUUAACCAUUUAGCUCAGACUGUUGCUGCAGGAAUCACCGCUGGUUUUGUGCAAGCACUGCAGCAACCUGUAAACUCCUGUCAUUUUACAGCCUUUUCUUAAAUGGAUUGUAAAGCGCCUUGAGUCUGCCAAAUGCUGGAGAAACAUGCUAUAUAAAUGUCUUCAUUAUUAUUAUUAAUAGUUUUAGUUAAUGUUAUCUAUAUGCUCUCAACAGUUUAAUUUGUAAAACCAAAAGAGCAUCUCUGCUUUCAUGUGAUUUUACUUAUUUUUCUGUUAAAAUAUUGUGAAUAAGAAGUACUGUAUAGAUUAAAUGCAACAGGUUCUGUAAAAAGCGAGCUCAGUGUAAGAGGUAUGGUGUACCAUGAGAUCAGUGCAAGAAGUACACAAAGUUAGAAAAAAUAUCAUGUGACAAAACAUAAGGCAUUGAAUCUACCGCUCAUGCUGAAUCACCUAUGGCCAUUUUUUUUAAUGUAUCAGAAUUAUAUUAACGUUUUGUACAAGUAGUAUCUACAAAAAUAUUACUUUUACAACUUAACACAGAGACUGUCUUAAAAUGUCUUAGCAUCUUUAAGCCAUAAGAACUUCAGAGAUAAAUAUUUCUGAAAAAAGUUCAUUUACUUUUGUUCAAGAUUUAAAUGCCUAUGCAAUGCUUUCCUGACUUUUGAUGAGGUUGUGCUGUUUGAAAGCAUGUAUAAUGUAUAUGACUUCAUGUAAUAGCUGUUUGUGCCAUGGAUUUGAAUUCUGCAUAAUAAGUGCUUGUUUAUUGCAAAUGUUGUAACACAUUUUUCCAAAAAAAUCUUACUUUAAUGAACUUUUAAUAGUGUCUUACUGGUUUGUAUUGUCAAUCAAAUUGACCAAUGGAAAAAAGCACAAUAUGGAGGUGUGAUGCAGCAUUUCAUGAGUACUAUUUUUUCUAUAUGUAAUAUCUUUUGAUAGACUGUUACACUGCCAUGUUUUAUCAAUUACAAUCAUGUUUGAAUUUAUAUUAUUCAAUAAAGAUCUGUGUCUUGUUUCAUAAAAUGUAUUUGAUAUUUAUCUUUAUUUUGUUUUAACUUUGGAGAUUUAAUAUUAGCUAAUGAUGAUUAUUCAAGCAAAAAUAUUAUGUGAGAACACUGCUGAUAAAUAUUAGUUACUUCUUAUGGCUCCAGAGUCACAACUGAAUGCAGAGCAAUGAUCCGCAUCUUGGCAUACAACUCAUGAUUCAACAGAAGAUGGUCAGAGCUUCAAAUGAUGAGCCCUUAAAAAAAAGACAUGCUUUAAAUCAGGCAAUUAUUCAACUUGUUCAGUUGCCCCACACUGCGUUCUUUCUGGUGCACAUUAGUACUUAAGGAUCAAGUAUGAGACUAUUUAAGGUUUGCAACUACUUGUUAGGGUACAUACAUGUACUUCAGCUUCCGAAAGUCUUUCAGCCUGCUACACUGCUCAAGGUCUUCAGCAAGUAUUCGCAGAAUUGUUGACAUCUGUGCCAAACUUGAUAACUUGCCUGUGCAUCCCCCAAGUUCUUACUAGCCAUGCAACACACAAGGUGCAGAGAGAAUGAAAAAUGUAGAUGGAAAGCUCAGUUAGGUAAACAGAUGCCAAACCUUUAACUGUUCAGAAACAGUUAGUAGGAAGUCAACGAAACUGUUUUAAUAUUCUUACAAAUUUUUAUCCAAGUU